AUGGAAGAGGAUACGACUCGCGCGUCGCAAGAAAGCCCAGCUGCAUAUCUUCAUCUAGUAGACACCAGAAGCGAACACCAAUCUCAGCAACUGUUUCCAGUGUGGGAACGAGAAAUCUUCAAGAUCGGGCGAGACCCCCGUGCAAACACGUUGGCUGUCGAUAAUGACCUCGACUUCGCAGUUUCUCGAAACCACUGUGAAGUGUAUGUUGUGGUGUAUGAGCCGACUAUCAACCAUAUCUACGUGAGGGACCGAAAGUCUUCAAAUGGCACCUUUGUCAAUGGCCAACUCAUUGGUUCUGGUCCGGAUAUAAGCCCUGGCUACCUACUGCAGAGCGGCGAUCCACCUCCUCGCCAUGAGUUGACUUCCUUACAACUGGAGGAAUGCAAGUUGUUCGCAAGCAAGUAUCACGUCAGUAGCCAUUGCCUGGGGCAAGGGGCGGAAGCAGUCGUCUGCCUGGCAAACGAUAUCCAGACGAAGAAGCAGUUAGUUUGCAAGUUAAUCAAUCUCGACAAGAUUCAAGGAAAGAAUUCUCAAGAGGAUAUCCGCCGCAAGUUUCAGGAAGCUGACAUCUUGCGCCAGCUGAGACAUCCUAACAUCCUUCCUUAUGUGGAUGCUAUCUCAUCACCACACUCACUCUAUACCUUUACAGAACUUGCAUCGGGUGGUGAUCUCAUGUCAUUCAUCCUACGCCAUGGCACAGUCAAGGAACUCGACUCACGGAUCAUUAUCCGUCAAGUUCGGGCGGGCAAGCUCACACUGCGGCUGUGGACAUCUGGUCCCUAG